CUCGUCUUCGCUGACCUCCCACCUCUUCCUGAUUCGGACGACCUUUCUCCCCAGCUUCUGGUUUCCACAUGGCGUCAGGUUCCUUUAAUCACAGCCUUCAAGAGCCUACAACACCGGCCCACCCGCAGGUGUGAAUCGGACAACUCGCUCCAUUUAACAGCCGCCUCGCUCGGCCCUUCUUUUGAGUGGGCAGCUAACUUCCACGGGGACCCCGCCUUGUCUGCUUUGUGGGAGCGCCCCGGUUUCCCACCACAUCCUUCACCCCCUCACUGUGCCCUGUGCCACUGGUCCCACUCCACUGCCCACACUGUGCACCUUCCCCGAUCUUCCCAAUCACAGCUGCCCCUUUGCCCCAGCCGAACAGUAGCCAUCCUACAAGACCAGCGGCUCGUCCCCAUUUGUUCCUUGAUGCCUCCUCUGGCCACUGUAGGCCCCACUGAGUUUUUAGCUGUCUCCAGCACAUGCUGUGGCCCUCUGACUUUUCCCUGUGAACCAGUCCUGUCUCUGCCCCUGUAUUCCGGGGUCUACGGGCAGAGUGGGCCUGCAUCCCUCCUGACUCUCCCCAGCACUGAGCCACGCGAGCCCAGUGGGUGCUGGGUAGCUGUGUGGCCAUCUGGUGGUGUGUGAGCCCCAACAAGGUUGUGAUACACUGGUGUGGGGGGAUUGGGGGUGAACGGCUGGAGGAGAGGGUGAGGGUUUCUUGUUCAGACAGGAAAUCAUUGGGGGCAAGAAGUGAGCAAUCAUCUCCUUCAGGGUCAACCCAGAGCAUGUUCUGGAUGGGGUGGGGCCAAGCCCCGCCCCUCCACCCCAGGUGCUGGUCCCCAGCCCCACCUGGCUGGCCGCUGCCCACUUCAUAAAAGCAGUCCCCAGGAGCAGGAGGCAGCUGUGCGAGGAGGAGGAAGAGGAGGAGGAGGAUGAGCAGGGAGCACGGGCAGCAGCCGUCUGGGGCCCGAAAGGGCCAUCGCUCCAGAGACAAGAAGUCCCGGAAGCGUAGCCGGCGCAAGGAAACCUACUCGAUAUACAUCUACAAGGUGCUGAGGCAGGUGCACCCUGACCUCGGCAUCUCUUCCAAGGCCAUGAGCAUCAUGAACUCGUUCGUGAAUGACGUGUUUGAGCGGCUGGCGGGCGAGGCCGCCCGGCUGGCCCAGUACUCAGGCCGAACCACACUGACGUCCCGGGAAGUCCAGACGGCCGUGCGCCUGCUGCUGCCCGGGGAGCUGGCCAAGCACGCAGUGUCCGAGGGCACCAAGGCCGUGACCAAGUACACCAGCGCCAAGUGA